UACAUUUCCAAGCCCUGAGCUCUUUCCUCAAAGUUUUUUUUAAAGAGAGUCAAAGCCAGUUUUAAACAGAAACACUAAAUAUGUUUUACUAUCCAAACGUCCUCCAGCGCCAUAGUGGAUGUUUUUCCACAAUCUGGUUGGCAGCUACCAGAGGUAUCAGAGUCACUCGCAGAGAGCUUCUCAAAGUCAAUGUCAAGCUAACAUGCAGUGACAUUAUGGACUAUGUGACAGCUCAGGUUCCUCCACCACGACCAAACCUACCAAAGCCUCUGUUCUCUCUCUACUUGUCAUCCCAGCUGCAGUAUGGGGUGGUUGUAGUCUACCACAGGCAGUGUGGCUUCCUGCUUGAGGAGGUUCAACAGACCAUUGACCGCUUGCUGCGCUGUAAAAGAUGCGUACAUAUUGACAUGGCUGAGCGUGACAGGUUGGCCUUGGAUGUGCCUGACAACCUGUGCAUGAUGGUCCUGGGCGAGGGAGCUGAGGACCCUUUCUUUGGUGUCAUGGGAUCAGACCAACUGCCCAGCCCCUAUAACAUACACCAGCCCAUGUUGGUGAUUGAAGAGGCAGGUUCACAGCACUCCCUGGUGCCCAGUCCCCACACCACACUCGACAAAGAGGGUUUCAGGUCACCUCCAGCUGCCAUCACCCUGACAGAGAAGGAACAGUUGCUCAUGCCCGCUGAUGAGUAUUUUGAAGGAGAUGACUUCCCUGAAGCCACAACCAGGGAGAUUGACUUAUUGAUGGAUCAACCAGACCAGUUCCGCAGCGAAGUGGAGGAGCGGCAGGCUGACAGCAGCAGGGCCAUGUCUUCCAUUGACCAGCUGAAGGAGACAGCGCUGGGAGCAGAACGGGACAGUGUGUGGCUGCUCGACGAAGAGUCGGGUCAGCCAGUGGAGGUUCCUCUUACAGCUGUUGCCCAAGAGAUGACCCCAGCGCAGGUUGCCAUGCCAACUCCACCCUCCGGGGCAUCUGAGAAAGAGGGAGACAGAGCAACAGAAAGUCCCUAUGAAGAGAUGGUUGUUCCUCCUCUUAAGAAGACCGGUGGAGGCCGCAGGCGUCAGCUGGUCUUUGCAGACCCUGAGGUCCAGAUAUCUGACAGAGAGAUGAAGGAGCAGAUCCAAAACCCAUUGACCGAGACACUGAACCUGGCCGAGGUGUUGGUGGACUCCUUGACUAAGCGUGCCACUCCUGCUCAGCUCUUCAGCGCCCCCUGUGGAUCCCUCCUCCAUGCUGACCUCCAGUCACUAUGGAAAGAGCGUGCCUCUCUCACCGUCCUGCCGGGACGUGGGGAGAAACGGAGAGAGGAGGAGGAAGAAGAGGAGGAGGCGAGAGGGGAGUCAGAGCAGUAUAGAGAAAUACUGAGGACAGAGAGGAAGAGGGGACACUCAAGCCUGAGGGAGAUAUCCAGCGAGUCAGGAUUGCAACUGACAGAGGGCUCGUCUGCAUUAGAUGUGAUCCUGGACAUGUCCAAAGAGGACAAGUCAGUAAGCGAUGUGAUCACUCCUGCCAGCAGAUGGUCUCUGCAUGAGGAGGCCCAGCUAACAAUGGAGCCUAUAGCGGAGGAGAACAUUGAGCUGCCCGAGGCUCAGACCGACACAGAGAGCAGGGACACACUGAGCUGGGUCUCCUCCAUCCUGCAGAGGUUUGGAGAAGUCACCUUUGGCUCUCUGGUGCCCCCCGAGGCCGACCGCGCUACUGCAGCUCACACGCUGUACACGCUGCUGGAGCUGCUGUCUGCUGGCCAGGUGACUGUACAACAGACUGAACCCUUCAGUAACAUCACCAUAAAGCCUGCAGCCCUCAGGACGACUGCCUGAACACACACACGAACAGUUACUGACACUAUAAGGUUUUUAUUUGAUGGUUAAAUCACUCAGCGGUGACACGUUGAACUGCAUUUCUUAGCUUUUGCCCAGUGUUUUUAAAGUUUGUCAACAUUUCUGACCACUUUAAUGUGGUUCUAAUUUGUUCAUGUGUUUGUGUUUUUAAAUGUUUAUACCCAUAGAAUUUAUUAGUGUUACAUAAUUUAGUUACACAUACUGUUAUAUUGAAGUUUUAAACAUCUGGACCUAGUACUGUAGGUUACUAUACAGUAGUUAUACAGUUUUUAUCUCCUAUAUGACUUUUUAUCCUUUGAAAUCAUUUUAAAAUGAGAUCUUAUACAAUUUGUAUCAGCUGUGUGAAUU